AAAAAAGAAAAAUAAAUGAAAAGAAAAAAAAUUUUUAAAAAAAGAAAAAACAAGAACUCCUGUGGAAUUAUACUUCAUUGUAAUUUGUAACAAUCAUAGGCCCAAGACAAUCCCUAUAAGGUUAGAAAAGUCCAUUGGGUUUGUGAAAUAAAUAGUCCAACUGCAUGUACCGAAAGAUGGACGGCGAUUAUACGAAUAUUAGGUAAAUAAAGGGACCGAAGAACAAUUAUCCAAAAAAGUGGUUCUUCAAUUCGAUUUCUCUUAAAAACCUAGUUCAUCAAGAUAAUAAACACUCAUCGUCUUCCCCCCAAAUCCUCCCACUUCGCAAACUCUUCUCUCUGCAACUGGACGAUUCUUUUUUGCGAAACUCCUCUCAAAUGGCUGAUGAGAAUUUUGGGGAACCUGAUGUGGUUCAUGAACAAGCUCUAGACACAGAUAAUGUGCAAGAACUAGCUGAUGUGCAAGAACCAGCCGAUCUGGAAGAACCAGCCAAUCUGCAAGAAUCUGAUGAUGUGCCAAAACCAGUCGAUGCCCAAGAAUCAGUCAAUGUGCUAGGACCAAACGAUGUGCAAGAACCAACCGAUGUGCAAGAACCUGAUAACUUGCAAGAAUUGGUUGAUGUUCAAGAAUUAAAUGAUGUGCAAGAAAGAGAAAAUUUGCAAGAAACAGAUGACGUGCCUGAGGAAUCACAUCCAUCUGAUGAAGUGCCUGUGAAUCACAAUUAUUCUGGGGUAGCUGAAGAGAACAAAUGGCCUGGAUGGCCUGGAGAAAAUGUAUUUAGGAUGCUGGUUCCUGUUCAGAAGGUCGGAGGAAUAAUUGGGCGUAAAGGAGAGUACAUCAAGAAAAUCUGUGAAGAAACAAAGGCUCGUAUUAAAAUCCUUGAUGGUCCUCAAGGAACAACUGAAAGAACAGUCAUGGUUUCUGCAAAGGAAGAGCCUGAUCUGGAUAUUCCCCCUGCGAUAGAUGGUCUCCUCAGUAUACAUAAGCGAAUAGUUGAUGUGGACUCAGAUCCAACACAUGCUCAACCCGGGCACAGCAAAACAAUUUCCACAAGGCUACUUGUAGCAGCUACACAGGCAGGGAGCUUGAUUGGGAAGCAAGGUGCUACGAUAAAAUCUAUUCAAGAUGCUUCUGGUUGUAACAUUCGCGUUCUAAGUGGAGAACAUUUGCCAGUUUUUGCUUUGACGGAUGAUAGUGUUGUUGAGAUACAAGGGGAGCCAGCGGGAUUGCACAAAGCCGUUGAACUAAUUGCUGGACAUCUGAGGAAAUUUUUAGUUGAUCGAAGUGUUGUUGGAGCAUUUGAAGCGCAAAUGCAAAGGUCAAAUGCUCGACCAAACCAAAAUAUGCCCCCACCUCAACCUUGGGGCCCUGCGAAUCAAGGUUUUUCCAUGAAUACUGGUGUUGGAAGUGGGUAUGGACCGCCUCAAUACGUGCCCCCUGCAAGACAAUACGACAAUUUCUAUCCACCGGCUGAUGUGCCUCUUGACAAGCCGCCGCGUCCUGGACCACAUUAUGGGAGAGAUUCUUCUGCUGGAACUCACACAGCAAGCAUGCAGCCGCAAUCAUCAAUUGUUUCCAAGAUUACACAGAAUAUGCAAAUACCUCUUUUAUAUGCAGAUGCAGUCAUUGGCCAGUCUGGAGCAACCAUAAGUUACAUCCGCCGUGCCAGUGGUGCAACUAUUGCAAUACAAGAAACGAGGGGCGUGCCUAAUGAGAUGACCGUUGAAAUCAAUGGCUCUACAGCACAGGUUCAGGAGGCACAACAGCUAAUACAGGUACUUAGUUAUUCCAGUAACUGUUGGCUUGCUCUUAGGUUUUCAUAAGCUUUUAGAAGUAGGAUUUGCUUCCGGUUUGUGCUCUUUGUGAUGGAAAUUUUUGAGUGUUUACAGAAUGUUAUCGCUGAAGCUGCAGCAGCUGCACAAAACACUACCAGUGGACCACCUGGUCAAGGUUAUAAUCCUUACCAGUAUGGUGCUAUGUAUGGUGCUACACCAUCUAAUGCUGGUGGACACCCUGGCCAUGGGCAAGCUGGAGACCAUACCUCUGUUUACGGAUAUGGCUAUAGCUAAACUUACAGUAGCUGGAAUGUUGUAGUUGUUCUCGGGUAGUAAUAGAUAGUUUGCAGUUGCUUUGUAGCCUCGUUUCUAAAUUUGGUUGGAAUUAGUUGUGUUGUACUACUUUUUAUUAGUUGCGGCAGUUGGGAACUAGGGUGAGGAUUGCAAUGUAAAUCCUACCCUCAUUGUUCUAUUUGCAUUUUGAACGUUUCAGUUUUCUUGGUACGUUUGCAUAUGGAAUGGCAUUUUGUGUGGCAUUUUACAGUGACAAUAAAAAGCUCCUUUCUGUCAUCAUUCAAUUGGAUAUAGAAUAUAAAUUACGGAUGUAUGAAUAGGAUAAUGUAUUCUAGAAAACAAAAAUCAGAAAUUUAUACC